AUGGCAGAUUUCAACUUUACCCCCUCUGACAUGUCAACGUUCAUCCUAACGGGCAUCCCUGGCCUGGAAGAUGCUCACUCCUGGAUUUCCAUCCCUUACGCUACUUGCUACAUUUUCUCCCUGUUGGGAAAUUUCUCCAUUCUGUUUGUUGUUGUCAAAGAACAGACCCUGCGCCAGCCGAUGUACCUGCUGCUCUGCCUGCUGGCGCUCACAGACAUCAGCAUGUCUACUUGCAUUGUGCCAAAGGCCCUGGGUAUAUUUUGGUUCAAUCUGAAAGUCAUCACAGUGAAUGGCUGCCUCACACAAAUUACCUUCAUUAACAUGGCUUUUGCAACGCAAUCAGGUGUCCUUGUGGCAAUGGGCUUUGAUCGCUAUGUUGCCAUAUGUAACCCUCUGAGAUACACCACCAUCCUCACCCACACACGGAUAGCUAUGCUAGGGCUUCUCAGUUUAAUAAGAGGGAUAGUUUUGGUGCUGCCUGUGACCCUGAUGCUGAACCAACUGCCUUUCUGUGGCAACCGCAUCAUCUUUGAUAUAGCCUGUCAGGCUAUUCCGGUGGCAAAGAUUUUAUGUGGGGAUCUCGCAUUCUACAGGGUCUAUGGCUUGGUGAUGAUACUUACACUCAUUGGGUCAGACCUGAUGCUCAUUGCUCUUUCCUACUCUCUGAUCAUCAGAGCUGUUCUUAGAAUCUCCUCCCAGAAAGCCCACCAGAAAGCCCUCAACACCUGCACCGCCCACAUCAGCGCAAUGAUGACGUCUUAUACUUCCUACCUUUUUGCCCUCAUGAAAAAUCGGUUUGGUGAGGGCAUUGCUCCUCACGUUCAUAUCUUCUUGGCCAGUGUCUUUGUGCUUGUCCCCACCAUGUUCAACCCAGUCGUAUAUGGAGUCAAAACCAAAGAGCUUCGUGACAAAAUGAGGAAAAACUUUUGCAGAUUGUGA